CACAACUUUGCCGGCUGUCCUGAAACCGCGCGAACUUGUGUGUGUUGCUGCACGAACGCACGACCACAGCGCCAACGCUGCUGCUGCUGCUGCUGCUGCACACGCACACGUUGUCUCUUCCUUCUCUCUCUCUCUCUUCUCUCUGAACCCCCCUCUCUGUUCUCUGCUCUCUUGCGGCACUUCCCUCGCCAUUCGUGCACAAGGCUGGCGACAAGGCACGCACGUGCCGUGUUUCAACCCUUUGUGAUCACGGCGGUGGUGCAUGCUAUCCGUUCUGUGAUGCGCGAUGAGGAACGGGGUGUACCGUGCCGUGGUGGCGCAUGGAAAGUCGUCGUCGUCUUCGUCGUCGUCGGCAGUUCUGAGACAGCAGCACGGCACUGACACUGGCUCAACUGCCGGUCAGCAUAGUCGCCAAGCUGCCAGCACCAGUCCAAGAGCGGCGACGACGAGGGCCAGGAGAGCCCAGUCAACCAGCCCGCCCGUCCACGAUGAGAUCAUCUCCUCCAGUGAUGAAGAACCCGGCAGCUUUGGUAACGGCGACGAUGACCACGAUUCCAGCGACGACGCUGGUGGUGAUGGCGACGAUGACGACGACACGUGGCUGCCAACCGCAGAUGCAAACCCUUCAGCCGCAUCGUCAUCAUCCAAGUCCAAGCACAGCGCUCAAGGCCGUACACCAAAGCAGAUGAAGUUGCACAGCUUUUUCGCGAAUCGGCCACCAUUAGCACCACCACCACCACCACCACCACCACCAUUGCUGGCCUCUCGAUCGCCACAUCGUUCGCGCAAGACCCCUCGCCGUCGCCGCCCACUGCCCGUGCACAUACAGCUGCCAGAUGUGCCUGCAGGCAUGCAGGCAAACACGAGCGCGCGAUUGCCCGGUUCUGGACGAGCAGCACAAGGGCGGGUAGGUACAGACACGGGGGAAGCCACAGCGAUGAUUGCUGGGCAGGACGAAGACAGCAGCGAUGAUGGUCUUGGCGUACGCGGUCGUAACGGUGGUGUUGGCCAUGGUGGCGGUGUUGGGAAGCGGAGAACAGCAGCACGCGCACAUAUUACGGAAGGAAACGGCAAUUACAGCAGCGACGGUGGCGGUGAUGGUACUGACCUCCAUCACCAUGAUGAUGACAAUGACGUAACCGAGAUGAUUCAAGGCGAGGACAGUGAUGUGGCCGGUAUUCAGAUGAAUAGCGGUCACGAUGGCGGAGGCAGUGCUGACGGUGGCAGGGGUGCACGGCGGCAGCAGCGAAAACGAAGCAGCGCAAGGAACCAGAACACGAUGCGUGCGCACGUGUGUCGGGAUAAGGCGGUGGAGACUGGAGCCACACGCGCACCUCUUCGUGCCACACAUGCCGGGUGCCGUGCUGCGUUCCAGCAGGCAGGCCUCUCCAUGCUUGCAGGGCGUGGGGGUGCAGGCGUGAUCCUGCACAGCCGUGACCUCCUGCACACGUCAACGUUCAUGUCAACGCCCCAAUCCACCAACAGCGACGAUGACGAACGCGGCUUUGAUGCUUGCACAGCAAGCCAGCGGCUACAGAGAAGGUACGGUACCGCCAGCACCAACACUGGCAGCAGCAGCACCAAUAACAACAGCGCCAAUAACAACGGCACCAGUGACAACAGCAGCAGCAGUAACAUCAGCGAUAGCAGUGUCAGAACCGGUUCACUGUUGGGCGUGCUUCAUCAGCAAGUGCACUCGCGCAUGUGUGCACAUCGCCGCUUCUUCCUGCGCGCACGUGGGAUUGCGUCGCUUGAAGAGCGGGCGGCGCUGUUUGAAGCCGAGGUGCUGUGCAGUACAGCGCUUGCUGCAGCAGACACCAACAGGAGCCAAAGUGGCGGUACUGAUACUGACCGUGGUGGUGAUGACACUUCUGGUGGUGAUGAUGGUGAUGGUGAUGAUGAUGAUGACAGUGGUGGUCGUGGUCGUCGUCGUCGUCGUGGUCGUGGUCGUGGUGGCGGGGAUGCGGCUGGUGAUGUGGUUGGUGGCGGUGUCCGCAACAGACCGAGUCGUGGUGGUGACGUUGUUGAGUAUGCCAGUGACGACGAUGAUGACGAAGGCACCAGUGAUGACGGUGGGCAGGCCGUGUUGCGUGAACCACCGCCACCGCCACCACCACCAACUGCAGCCCUCGCACAUGCACGAAGAAGAACAAAGCGAGCACGAGGAGCAAAGGCAGCACGGAGACGGCGAAGCGGUACACUGGUGUCUUCUUCCUCCUCCUCUUCUGCUUCUUCUGCUGCUUCCAACGACAGCAAUAGUGACAGCGGCAGUGGUGGUGGUGGUGGUGAUGGUCGUCGUCGUCAUUGUCGUGAUGGUGGUGACGAUGACAGCGGCACCAGGUUGCGACAUGUCUUGUCUGAUUCGAGCGAUGAUUCGAGUGCCGCUGAGACGUGUGGUCCAGCCCCAAACCCGACACGUCACACCGGUGGUGGUGGUGGUGGUGGUGGUGGAGGCGUGACAACCACAUCAACAGCAGGCAGGCCAGUGACGACUACUACAGCAGCACCACCAGCACCAGUACCAACAAGAAUAGCGGGAGUGACAACAGCAGCCGGCGCGUCUCAAGCGCAGGAAGGGCAAGCACAUUCGCAACAACAGCGCCCGUUUGUCAGCAGCAUGAAUCUGCUCGCUUGCUUUGAUGAGGCCGAGGACGGUUGUGGUGAUGAUGUUGGGAAUGGUCGUGAUGGUGGUGGUGGUGAUGAUGAUGAUGAUGGCGAUGCCAAACGCGGUGGCGGGGACAUGCACAUGGACAUCGCUGCUUCAAGUGGACACAUGCCCACAGGUGAACACAGCAGCACGCGCGCGCACGUUCGUGACGCGACGCAGCAUGACGCUGAAACCCAACUCGCCAGGCCAGCAACCCUGAUGCUGUGGCAAGAUGAUGACGAUGACAACGACCACGGUGAAGAUAGGGAUGGGGUUGAGUCAGGUGGAAGUGGAGGUGGCCGUGGUAGUGCUGGUGGCAGUGGCAGUGUGGCCGCAGCACAUGCACCUGGGAACGGGCGUGAGUUGAGUCCGGCUGUCGAUCGCCGUUCGCCCUCGCCCGAAUUCACCCCGCGCCGACCAAGACGCCGCCAACGGAGACCAGGCUCGUCCUCGCAGCAAGUGCAGCGCCAUCCUGCGGCAGUUGAAGCGCCACCAAUCAAGCAGUCGCCACAUCACAGCCCCGCUGCGCCAGCUGACCUGGACGCGGGCAACGCUGUCACUCGUGAACACCAACAACCACGACACCAAAACCGACACCACCAACAUCACCAACCACAUCGUGACCAGCACCAUCAGCUGCAGUGCCGCAACAGCGCUGGGUUGGAUGCAGACAGUGCAUCUGAGGAUCUUGGUGGCGGUGAUGAUAGCGGCAGCGACCAACAGGAACAACCAAGCGAGUGGUUAUCACCCCUGUCAAACGCGCGACAGUGGGGCGAUACUGCACACCAACUUGCUGCUGGUGGUGGUGCCAGCCGUGAUAGUGAUGAUGGGGGUCAUUGUGGUGGUGGUGGUGGUGUUGAUGAUGAGGAUGGUGAUGAUGAUGAUGAUGCACUGACGGGUCGAUCGCUGCAUCUUGGGACGCUGCUGGAUGACGACGAGGAUGACAAGCGCAACACGCCACCGGACAUUGAAGAUGUGACUCCAUUUACCACGACGUCCCAUCCACGCCCUCCAGCAACAACGACAGCAGCAGCAGCGACAGCAAGGGGAACAUCGCCAGGAACGGGUGGGCGGCCGGUGGGUGUUGUGGACACAAUCGAGACGCAAUGGACGCAGGCAACGGCGCCGUCGCAACUGCGCCCAACAACAACAUCAACAGCAGCAACGCCUAAUGAUGCCGAGCCAUUAUCAUCAGCAGCGGCAGCCCAUGUUGGUGGUGUGUAUGCUCUUCAUGACAGCAGGCAACAGCAGAAGCCGUCCAAGAAGAAGAGCAGGCAAAGCCGCCCGCCAGCACUUGAUGUGGUGCUGGUGGAUGAGGACGAUUUCGUGUCGACGCCAGUGUCAAGCAUCGUGCGACGAAAACGACUUCACCGGAAGAGCAGGACACGGACACAAGCGCAGCAACAACUGCAGCAGCAACAACAGCACAAGAGCAGUGAGGAAGACAACAAUGACGGUGGAGAUAGUAGUGGAGAUAGUGGUGGCGAUGGUGACUACAAUACGGGCGAUACGGACAAUGUGGUGUCGGGUGGCGAUCUGCGCGCGAAGCGGCGUCACACAAGCAGGGACAGUAGCGGUGACGACUACGGUGACGGCAGCAGCCGUGUUGUCGCAAUGAAGAAGCACAAGUCCAUCACAGAGCAACUAUUGGCUGGUCCAGGGGUGCGUACACGCCCCGAUCCGAAUGCAAGGCCGAAAUCGCGAGGACAGAGACUUGUAGAGGACAUUGUAAAGCCGACAACACCACUGUCACGCACGCCCGCAGCACUGGCGUUGCAGGAGGAAGGAACGCUGGGUGACUCGCUCAAUCUGUUUGCUGAUGACAAAAGCGAUGGCAAAGUUGGCGGCGGUGGUCGUGGCAAGCGUGGCGGUGGUCGUGGUCGUGCUGGGUCGUCCACAGCCUCGUCAUCGCGCUUGGGCGGCAUCAUCAGCGACAGCAGUGAUGACAAUGAUGAUGGAGAUGACGCAAGCGGGCUCCUGUUUGAUGCAAUCGGGCAGCGGCGCAGUCGCCUGCGCAACUCUGCCCGGCCCAAGGGCAGGACCAAUGCCACCACGCGCACUGCCCUCGGAGACGAGGAUAUGCGGGCGUCGUUCAAUGUUGGGAGUCGGUUGAACUUGGCGGCACCCCCAGAUGUGCUCGGUGACUUUGACAACAGCGAUGAUGAGUACACAGCUGUUGGUUGUGGUGAUGGUGAACAAGGCGAGGUGGAGUAUGACAGUGAUGGCCUUCCUCUUAGUCCUCUUCGCUACAACGUCGGUGUUGACGAAGGCAGUGAUGGGCUCGACUACGACAACCUGUUCCACAAGAAGCCAAAGCACAGUGUGACGGCGGCGGCCACAGCAACACGCCGUGCGGCAGCGCGGGCGCGGGGAAGAGGAAGAGGGAGGGGCCGAGGGCGCCGGAUGACAUACAGAGGCAGCAGCAGUAAUCGAAAAGAGCAAAGCAGGUAUUGGGCGAUGCGCAAGGCAGUCAGCAGCAGGAAGAGCGGGAGAGGUAAAGGGCGAGGAAGGGGCAAGAAGAGGUGAUGACGGGAAUGCGGUAGCCUGACUUGCUAAUGAUAUGUAACUAGCUGAUCAUUAUUGUCAUGCAUGCAUGAUCGUUCGAUGUCGUGUGUCGGGACGUCCCAGUUAAAACAUUCAUUGCGUA